AUGGAUGCCCACAAGGAUAUCAAACCAAUAGACAAUGAGCCCUUUGUUUCUCCCCUGCAUGAAGCGUUGAGAGGCACAACAGCAAUGCCCGUCCUAGGUUCAACAUUACACAACCAAACUAUUGUCCACACCCCACAAGAACCUACCAAUAUGUCGAUGAAUGACAAUUUCAUCUACCCAUACCAACCGACGCCACCGGCAUCACUGCCAUCACUCUAUAAUCAUACAACUGCUACCAAUGGAGAACCAAUCUUCUCCGGUGCAUUUCAUUCUAGGCUCUCAGCGAGCUCGUCAAGCAUCCAUCAGAAUACAUUCAUGUCAGAGCGAGACUUUGUAACAAUGCAAGUAAGUGAUUACCUCAGCUUAUCUGAUCCUAUGAGGAUUAAGUCUAUGGAUCCACCACCAGUCACAUGCUUGGUCCAAGGUAAUCCUCUUGCGGUUCUCCAUGCACACUUUAAUACCAUCAAAGAGGUAGACCUUGGCCCAGUUUUUGAGCAACCUACUCAUGUGCAAAGUGAACCGUUGCUGUCGACGAGGGAAGUUGUUGGCUCUUAUGAGAAUAUUAUACAGAGAAUGUCACACUAUACAAUGGAAAAUGAAAGAGGCCGACUUGAAUAUGUGUGCAAGAUCUGCUCUGCAAAAUUCUCCUCAGCACAAGCAUUUGGUGGACACAUGAGCCACCACAGCAAGGUUAAGAAAAAGGAAGCUAAAUCUAUUGCUUAA